UACAACUUUCUUCUAACGCAUAUUUGUCGUUAACUAAAAUCAACUGGGGCCAUUUUGUCAUACACGUGUGUGGCGAAAGAACAAAACUUACAGAGGUUUACUACAAUGACUUACAAGCGACGUAAGUACCAUCGUGGUGAAACGCACAUUCGGAAAAAAUAUAAAGGAAAAAGGCGCACUAAAGAUCUGGAUGAAAUUGACAACGAUUUGAAAAACAAUGCAGAAAGCCUUCUAGCCCAAAAAAUCGAUGUUGAAAAAGCUGGCAAUGCCCAAUUCUACUGCAUACAUUGCGCGAGGUAUUUUAUAGAUGAGUUUUCCCUAACUCAACACUAUAGAACCAAAGUUCACAAACGUAGGCUUAAAGCACUAGAGUUAGAGCCAUACACAAUUGAAGAAUCGGAAAGAGCUGCAGGUCUUGGUGGGAAUUACAAGGCACCUGAGAAGAGAAAGAUUGAAACUAUUCUUCCUAAAGUGAUGAGUGAUAAGAUUGAAGUUGAUCAAGAACCUGAUGCCAAAAAAAAGUGCACUACUGCACUAGGAGAAUAA